ACUCCUACGACUACUCCUACGACCACUCCUACGACUACUCCUACGACCACUCCUACGACUACAACCACCACUACAACAGCGACGCCGGCACCAACAACUUCUCCUACGACAUCCCAAACGACGACAAAGACGACAACAACACCGUCACCUUCACCACCAACAAAGGCGACAACAGCACCAUCUCUUUCACCACCGACAAAGGCGACAACAGCUGCUUCAGCCCCACCACCACCACCACCAACGACCACUGCACCACCGCCAGCUCCAGCACCAACAACUACAACUACACUUACCGCAGAAGAUAGGGAUUCUAACAGCAAAAAUGCUAGCACCAAUGAACAGAACGAAAGCACCAACAGUAUGGAAAACAAAAACAGCAACAUCAGCUCGAGCAAAAACAACAACAAUAACAACAACAACAAAAACAACAAAAACAAAAACAGCAAAAACAAAGACAAUGGCAACAGCAACGGCACCAUCAGAGAAAAGUCUAAGCCCCCCUCAAACCAGGACGAAGAGUCAAGUACUGUCAAAGAUGGAAAAAGUCACGGAUCUAUAAAUGACAAAUCAGAAGCAAGUAAUCCAGAAAAGCAUCCGACUCACGAGAAUAAAACACACGCACAAGAAAAAGCAACGAAAAAUAAAACAAACAGCGGUGUUAAAGCAACUGUAAAAACACCAGACAUUAAACUCACUGAUGGUAACAACAACAACAACAACAACAACAACAACAACAACAACAACAACAACAACAAGAAGAUCAAUGGCAGUGACACGUCGGUUGAAGUAGCACGUUCAAAUCGCGAGGCUGUAACUGUGACUGUUUCUUCUGAAGUCAAACGCGAAGGAAAAGAAGGAAUUGGGGGGAACCAAAAGACAAACACAAUAGAUACUGGGUCUUCAAAACCUCCUGCAAAACAACACACUGGAGAGGGAAAAAAAAACGCAGGCUCAGUCAACGCGGGAAAGAGUAAAAGCAAUACUAAUGAUAAAAAGAAAGACAAAUCGAAAGUAUCUGCCGAUUCGGGAGAUCAUGACAGUAAAAGAGACAAUAAACGGGCAGGCAGUAAAGCGGGAAAUGACAAAGCGACAGACGCCACCGUUAUCGGAAGCAAAAACAAGAAUAUUGAAGUCAAAAUCAAAGUGAAUAAUAACAUUACAGUAAACAAAGGAAAAAGCAAUGAGGCCAGCAAAGGCGAUAAGAACAAAAACGAGAAGGACAGUGAAAAAAAGAAACAAAACAAAAACAACAACGCAGCUACUACUCCUACCACCAACAAUAGUGUCAACAAAGAAAACCACAGCACCACCACCAACAAAAGCAGCAGCAACAACAACAACAACAACAACAACAACAACAACAACAACAAAACAUCCCCUAAAAACAUCCCCAUCACUAAAGAGAACACAGGCAGGAAGAAGAAGAAAAGCCACAUGAUGCCGGCGCCCACCACCACGGUUACGAAGAAACCUUUCGAGGGCCAUCGGAACCAGAUCUUGGACUCUGUGUCCUACUUUGGACUCCGGAAAUACCUGGACACGGCACAGACUUCAGACAACGGUGACGUUAUUCUAGUCCCUUUACUGAUUUCGGACAGCCCGAAAGCAGGUUUCGAACCCGGGGACUUACGGCACAACGGGCAAGCCAGCCGCCGGUACAACAGUGUUGACCUGACCACUAUGGCCACCACACUCCACGCUCUGGUCGUGUCCUCCAUGACUGGUCUAGUGGACAUUGGUGAGGAUGUGGAGCUACAGACCAUCAUGACGUCAUCGCUGAGGAUUUUGUCCUGGUUCAUGUGCCACGAGGAAGACCUGAUGACGUCAGUGGCCCUGUCUCCUUUCCCCUCCCGCUUCCAGCUGUACUGGCUAGUAGGGCGCGUUGCUUUCCAGCUGGAGUCCCGGCAGGCCGUGGAGUCUCGUGUCUUUGCGUUCUCGGGUCAUGCCAUUAAGGAGUUCAUGACGUCACUUAGAGAAAAUAUGACGUUUGCUAUCUUGAAGAGCAUCACUGACGCCGGUCUGGGCAACGAUGGCAAAACUAGGGUUUACAUCGAUGACGUCAUAGGAGUCAAGGAUUUAGAUAGCAAGGGAAAACCAAAGAUGCUUCCAGCCCUGUUCCCAGCAAAUGUUGUGACGUCACGGAAUGGCACCAGCGUCACCCCAAAACAACCCAGCAACAAAUUACGACUAGGGGUCAAAGGUUAUAUCCCGCAGGCGAAGUACAAGGCGAUGCUUCAGAACCCGCGAUUUGGCCCCACGUCGGCCAAACUGGACAACAGCCUAAAGGACAUGAACAGAGAUGACGCUAUUUUUAGGUUCUGGUCCUCCCCCGCCUACACCAGGGCUGCCACCCUGCUCGCAGUCUCUCAGGCGGCUAAUCUAGACAUUGACGACUUCAGGUUUAGCUGAGGACCCAGCAACUUUUAAAAUGCUUUAAAAAGUAUUAAUAAUUAUAAUGUAAUAAUUAUUUUUCAUUAAUGAAUCAAUAGUUAUUAACUGCUUUAGAAGGCGCAGGUUUUGGGGGCAGGGGAGUAUGGUACUUUAAAAAAGAGGCACAAAUUCACUAUUCAUGCAAACUUCGUAAACCUGUUUUCGUUUAUCCUAACUUUUACUAAGGUAGGCAACAACAUUCAUAAUGGAAAAUAAUUAUGAAACAUUCACGUUUUUGGGUUAUGUGUGAUGGUUAGAAAUGUGCAGUAAUAUUUCCUUUGUUCUGAUGCUAGUUUGACAAAGCCGUCCGCUACGCUCUCACACAGUUAACGACUUCUGAUUCUUUGUCUUGUCUGAAUUACGCAGCUUGCACUCGGUGCAUUGCCCAUAACUGAUGUUUUAUAUUUCUGUAAAAUUUUGAAUAGUGGAAUGUUGUUAUGCUUUAAAUGAUGUAAAAUUUUCACAACAAAAUAGUUUGAAUAAAUUAAAAGGAAUCUAUGUACAGUAAAAAAAAUAAUUUAAAAAAA